CAUGUUACACAGAUCUCUGUGUCUCCUGCCUUUCUAUCUUUCCCUCUGUGCAUCAGCCAGGAGCUGUGUCUCUAUUUGCAACUAUCGGAUACCCUUUUGAGGAGCUGUCAUUGCAGGUGUUGGUGCUCUGUGGCUGUCAGGAUGCAGCGGCUGGUUUUGAAGGUCCUCUGCUCCACACUGCUGCUUCUUGCAGUGGUGCCCUUUGUGUAUUCUCAGGCAGAUUGCUCUCAAGCCGAGUCAUGUGACCUGUGCGUUGGGCCGUCCGUGCUCAACUUGACAGGCUGCGUCUGGAAGCUUUGUCCAGGUAAUGACACAGGUACGUGUGUAACUGAUGAUGGCAGCAACUCAGGAGACGUUGCCAUGAACUGCAGCUGGACUAGAGUGUCUGAAGUGUGCGCAGCUGUAGAGAAUCAGGCUAAUGCAGACAUUGACGAUGACACAGUUCAAAUAGACAUACAGUUCUCCCAGGCCAAGUUUGACAUGUCCAGUUUCAUCGGAGGCAUCAUAUUGGUGCUGUGUGUGCAGGCGGGCGGCUUCUUCGCCAUGCGCUUCCUCAAAGCCAAAGAGCAGAGCACCUACGACCCCAUAGAGCAGCCACAGUGAGGACGAAAUGUGUGAAGGACAAAGAGACGAGGGCGGAGGAGAGCAGAGCAGUGACUCAUCGAGUUGUGACGACAAGAGUUUUUUGUUUUUUUUGAGCCCCUGUCAUCUUUGGUUUGGUCCCCAUGUGUACCCCUCGGGGAUGGGCGUGUUAAUUAAGAGGAUAUUUUUCUGAGAAUACUUCAUUGUGUAACGAGUGUAUUUGCAUGUGUUCACUGUGUUUGUAUAGUCUUUAUAUUUCAGAGACAUUUCAGCUGUUGGUAUUGAUCCAAUUUGGCAAACGAGGGACAAAAAGAUCUCAUUUUCUCAGGACUUUGUGACCAAACCCACUAUAAAUCCGCAUUACGUGUUUGUUAGGUGUUUGUCCUCUUGCAAACAAAAAGUAACUAGCUGUAUCAAUGUUUCAACUGUGUAAAUAGUACAGUGUGGCUGUGGGAAAGUGUGAUAUAAUCUCAUGUAAACAGUAGGUCAGACAAGGUCAUAACAGGCAUUUCAAACUUUUUAAAGAACUAAAAUAGAAUAAAAAUAGACCAAAAUGAGACCCUGGAGAUCAGCUUUAAAAUAUUUUGUCCAUCAUCUAAGAAUAUGUUUGUUUUUCUUGUAGAGCUGUAUAACUUUCUAUUUUAUUGAGACCAGACAUCUAUUUAUGUAUGUUAUUUAUUGCUUUCAUUUGUCAACUUGCAGUGAGUUAGAUCAUUUAGCUGGGUGGUCCUGGACACAUAGAAAAUUAAACGUUACAAUCAA